AUGUCUUCCGAAACCCCAGUAAUCUUGAUUUCUGGCGCUUCUUCCGGCAUCGGCCGCGCGGCCGCUCUUGAGAUGGCUAGUCUAAAGUGGAGACUGUCCUUAUCAGGUCGGAACGAAGAAGCCAUGGCCAAGGUGGUGCACGAAUGUCGCAAAGCCGGAGCUGAAGAUGUGAGUUUACUUUUAGAAUUUAGACACAGAUGUUUAGGUAACCACGACUAUAGGCGAUUUAAGGGAUGCGGCCGUGGCCAAGGACUUUGUUCAUCACACGCUGGAGACGUUCGGCCGCAUCGAUUCCCUUGUUAAUGCAGCUGGGAUUCUGGUGAACGGGACGGUGGAGGAUUCGAGCGUGACGGACUAUGAUAAGCAGUUUGAUGUAAAUGUCAGAAGUAUUGUUGUUCUGACAAAGUACGCUUUGCCUCACAUUAUCGAAACAAAAGGAACGAUUGUCAAUGUUAGCAGUGUAGCUGGUACAAAUGCGGUAAGUUAUUUAUUGUAAGACUAUAGAAAAGGUUAAAACUGUUGACGUUACGUUUAAAAAUAGGUAACACUCUUUGUGUUUUUUUUCAGUUCCCUGGUGUAACUUAUUACUGUAUGUCAAAAGCAGCGUUGGACCAAUUUACAAAAUGCCUGGCUUUGGAGGUAGCGCCAAAAGGAGUUCGAGUCAAUUCAGUAAAGUAAGAAGUUGAUUUUAAAUCAAUAACAAGAAAUUUGGUAUAAAAUAUUAUUCGGUCAUUGUCAUUCAGUUUAAUAUUCAAACUAUCUCGUAAAGUCCCUUAAGCUACAGUCAAACAAACAAUAACGUAAAUUUUCAGCCCCGGAGUGAUUGUAAGCAACAUCCACCGACGAUCAGGCCUGGAUGAUGUACAGUACGAAGCAGUAAGUCUAGUCAACAUAAUAUUAGUUUAUUUAAAUAUUUAGUUUUUGGAGAAGAGCAGAGCUACCCACGCCCUUGGCAGAGUUGGAGAAGCAGCGGAAGUGGCAAAGUCCAUCAGAUUCCUGGUCACCGGGGACUCCUCCUUCACUACAGGACAUUUGUUGAUGGUAGAUGGUGGCCGAGGCAUUAUGACUCCUCGUUAA